CCGCCGUCUGCCCAACGUAGCGCCGUACGGUCCCACAGUCCCCGAGAACGUACACCAUAUAACAAUAAUAACAGUUUUUCGAGGGAAAUUGCUCCUACUUUCAGUCCUUCGACAUUUUUUUUUUCCUUUUGCAUUUUUUGUUACAUUUUUAUUACUUUUUUUGUGCUGUCGGAAAUACAAGAUUUUGUUCCACUCGGAGCCAUGGAGAAAAUGUCGAGACCUCUCCCAAUAAACCCAACUUUCCUACCUCCGACUCACGGCGUGCUCAAAUCCCUUCUGGAAAACCCAAUGAAGCUCCCCCUGCACCACGAAGAAGGGUUCGGCAAGGAGAAGGAGAAGGAGAAGAAGUUGGACGAGGACGGCAACGCUCCGCAGUCCGCUUUCUUGGGCCCCACGCUCUGGGACAAGACUUUGCCUUACGAUGGCGACAGCUUUCAGUUGGAGUACAUGGACCUUGAGGAGUUCCUGUCUGAAAACGGCAUCCCCUCCAGCCCGUCCCAGCACGAGCAGAACCAGCACCCGCAGCCGGCCCUCCAGCAGCAGGCGCCCCCGCCGCCGGUGCCGUCCGUCAUCGACCUCAGCAACCGAGCCACCACCUCCAUUCACACGCCCAUGGUGCCGCAGAACUGCCUGCACAGUCCCGGCAGAUCAGUAUUGCCCUCAUCCCGCAACACUCCCAGUCCCAUUGACCCAGAGACCAUUCAGGUUCCAGUGGGCUACGAGCCCGACCCGGCCGAUCUGGCUCUGUCGAGCGUACCGGGCCAGGAGAUCUUCGACCCACGCAAGCGCAAGUUCUCCGAGGAGGAGCUCAAACCGCAGCCCAUGAUCAAAAAGGCACGCAAGGUCUUCAUUCCCGACGACAUGAAGCAGGACGACAAAUACUGGGCGAGGCGCAGAAAGAACAACAUGGCGGCGAAGCGGUCGCGGGACGCCCGGCGGCUGAAGGAGAACCAGAUCGCCAUCCGGGCCGGCUUCCUGGAGAAGGAGAACUCCGCGCUGCGCCAGGAGGUAGCAGACUUACGGAAGGAGCUGGGCCGUUGCAAAAACAUUCUAGCCAAAUACGAAGCCCAGCACGGGCCCCUGUGAGGCCCCCCCCCCAGCCCAGCGCCCUCCACCCGCAAAUCCUCCGGGGAGUGACAGCCACCCCUCCACCUACCCAGCCACCCACCCUCCCAUCCACCCUCCCUCCACUUCCCUCGUUCGCUCAAGAGUUUAAAGGACAAUGAGUCUCUCGUUCAGUAGCACCCUCCCACCUCACGUUACAUCACCACUGAUACCUACUUUGAUUUCUGUCGUCAGCACUUUACCAGAAGCAGAAAAGAUAGCUGAUAUAUAAAUAUAUAUAAAUAUAUAUAUAUAUAUAAAGAAAUACUUAUUUUCCCUUUUUUUUUUCUGUGUUCACCGCCUCCGUCGUGAACCUGCCAUUCUAAUUCCUGAAGUGUUUUUUCUUUUGUAAAUGAUGUUCAUUUUCAUCUUCUCUCUACUUACUUUGUAGAUAUUACCAGGGCUGAGAACUGUUGUAGCAUUUCUUUUCCCUUUUUAAAUUUUUAUUAUUAUUAUUAUUGUUAUUAUUACUAUUGUUAUUAUUAUUAUUAGACUGCUGAUUCAGUAUCCUACCUACUUCCUCGUUUUAUUUCCUCUGUCGUAAUUGAUCCGAGCGGGUUAGCUAUUUUCAAGGACAGUUCCUCUCAUUCGGAAACGUCGGUGUACAUUGUCUUUGUGUGUGUAUGUGACAUGGUUUUUUUUUUUUUUUUCUUCUUUUUUUUUUUCUUUCAAAUUACGUGCAAACGUUUCCUUUCCAGUAACUACAGUACAUAAUUUCGAGAUUGUUUAUCUCUUGUUGAUGUCAAUAUUAUUAUUAUUAUUAUUAUUAUUAUUAUUAUUACUAUUAUUAUUAUUAUUUUAGUUCGAUGGUGAUCUAUCGUAUGCAUCGCUUUGAAAGUGCUCUGUGAGGUACCCCUAGCUACAUAACAUGCCCAGUCUGUGUGGCUUUUUUCUUUUUAACUUCAGACCGAACGGUUCGCUCUCCACUUCCCUCGCACCCGGGUCACGGGGAUACUCGGAAGUACGCCGUCAAGUGUGUGUUUUGCGUCGUCACGUGCGACACGGAAACCAUGUCUCAUAAUCUCCAAAGAAAUGCAGCCAGGAUGAUUCGUACAGGUGGAACGUGAAACUGUCCCCCCUGCCCGUCAGGCGCACACCUUUUAACUCCGUCGUCCUUAACAAAACCAGCAAACGGGUUUUAUUGCAGGAUCACGCUUCACGUUGACGGGAUGUUUCCAACGUGUUCGACAAUCUUUUUUCAUGAGCGUGAGAGAGGAGCUUUUCGCCAACAGUUCUGUGCACUUGUGUGUUUUACAGCCUGAUCUGGUGCGACGUUUCUACUGUGUUUCAGUCCAAUUUGCCUGAUUUUUAUGAAUGUUUUGCUUUAAAUUCAGUCUUACAAUUAUUGUUGUUAAAUAUACUUUUUCCGCAUGAUUUUCGUUCAAGUACACAAAUCUAAAGUGAAAUGAAAAUCAGUUUGAAAAAACAGUUCAUAUGUUUUCCUGAGCAUGACUAACUUUUUUUUUUUUCUUAUUUUUUUUUUUUUUUCUUUUUUUUUUGUGGUCAAUCUUGGACAACUUUUGUAGCUGUGUGUUGACCUUGUAGACUGGCUGUAAGAUGAAUGUAAAAGACGUACAAAAGAAAGGUGGAUGGUGUUGUCAUAUAACCCACUCAAUUCAAUGUUUACUACAGACCAAAAACAACGAGACGCUAAAUAUAUAUUGAUUAUAAGACUUCAGAUAUUUAUAGAAAGCUAUUCUGUGAGCUCUUUUUGUACAGUAUUUUCCUAUUCGAAUACUGACAGUGUAUUUUAAAAGGCACAAUAAAACAAUAAGACCGUUCUUAUUCUUUCAUGUAUACACACAUUGUAGGUAUGCAAAGAAAAGAAAUGCUCUUAUUUUGCAAUGUCGUACGCUAUUAUUAAGUGAUCCAGCACGCUGGGCCUCGCAGUGGGCAUUACAGAGACUACCUUCUUUUUUUCCGUUGCAUUGUCAGCAAUGCCGUUGGAAUAGCUCUCCUCCCCAUAUUCACUUUAUAGUGCUUUAUAUAAAUGAGAUAGCAAUACAUUAAAUUUAAACGCAGGAAGACUUAGCAUUUCUAUCUAAUGCAGUAGCAAAAAGAGUUGCUUUUUUUUUCUCCUGCAUACCUGCGGCUCGGCGUAGGCCGAACGUCGCCUCGCUCGAACCCGCCUGUCCGGCCUCGCGCUCUCCGCUGAAGGGUAAUAAAAACGGUUCCAGGUUCUUAUUUUAUUCUUGUACCAGCUGUUACGACCUAUUGUUUUAUCUGUUGUCUCUGAAGUGGAGGCUGAAAUGUGGCCCACUCUUGACUCUUUCUUUUCUAUUGGAAUAUGGUGUGUUAGCAGUGGCACUCAAAGAGCUUUUUAUGA